AUGCCAGAUCAUGAAGACACUCGAACCAUGGAAGAACAUCUUAAGAAUGUUCCCUCCGAGCUAGAGAUAUCGAGGAAAGAAUUUGAUGAUGUAAAGAAUGAGCUGAAACAAAGACUAAGGGAACUUGAGGUUGAAAGGUUACAGUGGAAGUUGGAUGCUGAUACCAGAAGGAUCGGGCGGACAAACAACCAGUACCAGAAUAAUCGUUUAAGGGUCCAGGUAACUGAUUUAGAGAAAUCUCUCCAGAAACACCAAGAACAAGAUGGAAAAACCAUAGUUGAAUUGGAAGCCAUUGCGAACGGGUUCAAGAAGCAAGCAAUUGGGUUACUGAACAAAAAAACGCAUAUAAUCAAGGGAUCAUACUAUUGGCCUAGCAAGGUGCACAUCGUUUUGGGCACGCAUCUACGACUCCAACAUCGAUCCCUCGUUGCCAAGUCCCUGCAACGCAGAUGCCCGAGAACUGGCAAAGACAACAUUCAUCGAUCGCUCGACAUACGUACACCGACUUCUUUCGACAAUUUCUACUUUCGGAACUUGUUGAAGAACAAAGGUCUCCUCCAUUCUGAUCAAGAGCUUGUCAACAUUGCUUCAACCGAUUCCUUGGUCAAAAACUAUGCUGCAGAUUCUUCAAGGUUUUUCAAACAGUUCUCCAAAUCCAUGAUCAAGAUGGGGAACAUCAAGCCUCUCACUGGAAAUUCUGGGGAAAUUAGGAUCAAUUGCAGGAAAGUCAAUUGA